AUGGGUGGACAACAAGCGGUAGAGAAGCUUCGGGAUGACAUCAAACAAUUACAAAACCGUCUUUCCAUGUCAGCAUUAGAUUCGUCUACACCUCAGCUAAACACCUCAACAAAUUCAUCAUUUUUGAGCCUUAACUGUCAUAGCAACGCUCUGGAAAACCAGGUCAAGUCGUUUCCAGCACGCCUGUCAAAUAAUAUAAAAAAUUCUCUUUGCUCUCACAGCGGGACGAGCGAGGCCAGACAAACUUUGAGCCUCUCGGGCGUAUGUAACAGCAGCGAUAUUAGUAGUAAGUGA